AACUUGCUCGAUACCCGCCUCCGGGCACAUGGAUACCGGCGAGUGCCUGUCAUUGGAGACGGAAAUUGUUGCUUCCGAGCAAUUAUCAACUGUAAAAAUGUCUGGGUCUGGAAGAAUGCAUGUUUGUCAUGCACAUUUUGCAUGACUCCUGAUACCUGUGACGCAUGCCCUAGCAUCACAGAUUUUGUGAGGGCUUCCUGAUGCCUAUACCGCAUGACAAGGCCUCUUUCCGUGUAGAAACUUGGACUCUCUUUGCUGCUCAUGCAAUACAGAUUUUUUUAGAAUCCAAAACCAGCAUGACAAGUUGGAUUCUUCCAGAACCAGACAUUUUUACAGUUGAUAGCAAUUUCAUUUUCGCUACACGGCCACCAAAACCACCACCAGUUUUACUAUGGAACUGUCAGGAUUGAAAUUAACAAAGUUGAAAUAAUUUGUGAUGCAUAAAAUCUAUACCAGUUGGACCCACAGUUUCCAAUGGGCGCAUAACAAAUUUUCCUGGCCUCUGAAGCAAGUUUGUCAUGCUGUUUAGGGCAAGAUGGCUGCUCCCUGUCAUGCUAGUCAGCAGCCCAAUUCCUGACCCUUACCAGCACUAGAAUCUGCCUCCCUUGCGCCUUCAGCAAUAGAGUCAGUCUUUGUGUCGCAUUUUAUGCAUGACAAAUCAUUUCAACUUUGUCGAUUUCAACUCUGACACAUCCAUAUUUACAGGCGCAAGGGUAUUGAGAACAUGAAGAAGCAUCGCAACAUCUACGAGGACUUUCUCUGGGGCUCAUCCGAUGACGCCCUCUCACCCGGCGACAGAUGGAACGACUACAUUCAACGGAUGGAAACAGACGGAGCCUGGGCAGAUCACGAGAUAUUAGCGGCAGUUGCAGCUGAGUUCAACUUUGAAUUCAAGCUGAUCACAACACACCCUUCCGACGAAAUUCGGAUGGUGUCCGGACCCCCAGCUGCAACCAAAACCACAACUCCACCGCGACAAAUAGUCCUAGCUUUCAAAGCUGAAGUCCAUUACGACGCCGUCUCGCCUCUCACGAGCUUCAGUUCCUCGACCGCCAGCCACACG